GCUUAAGGGCGAGCUGACCAGAUGCUGCGCAACGUGAACGUGAAUGCCGCCACUGGUAGCAGCAGCAUCUUUGGUAGUGCCGCCGCGGCUGCAGCAGCGGCUGCUGGUCUCAAUACGCUGCACAAUCCGAAUAUUGGCGGCAAUAUUGGCAGCAGCAGCGGCGGCAGCGGCACCAGCAAUAGCAAUGGGAAUACACAUGAUAUACACCUGGAGCAACAUCAUCACCAUCAUCAUCAUGGCGCCACACACCAUCCGCAUCCGCAUGCGGCGCAUCAACUGAUGCAGCAACAACAACGUAAGGCCUAUCUUAAGUCCAUGCAACAACACUACCAACAACAGCAACAAUACAGCGCCAGCAGUACUUCCAGUGCGCACAAACUCAGCGCGCACCAACAACAACUUCUGCAAAGUCAGCUGACGCCGCCAGAGCUGCAGGAUGACGCAUCCAAUAUCACAACCGAUCUGAACGAAGAACAACAGCUACAACUACAACAGGCGGCACAGCAACAGCACCAACAAUUGUACAACAAUUACCAACAGUACGCGGCGGCCGCCUCCUAUCGCAACUGGAACCACGGCUUGGCGCUAAAUGGCGCGGCAGCGUUGCAGAAUCUGCUGUAGUGUUGCCAACAUGCCAACACUGAACAUGCGUGCGCACACAAAGCGCCGCUUUGUUGCCUGGCGCAUCGUCUACCCAACUGCCUUGCAAGCGGUUGCUCUUGCAAUUAGCGUACAGUUGGCGACAUGCGCGCGUACGCCAGUUAUUAGUGCGCGCGGUUAGCCGGCGCGGCUGCUUGUUGGCGCAUGGUUUUCCGCUGGCAGCGCGGUUGUGCUAUGGACGCCGUUGUUCUGUGCUAUUUUUGGCGCGCUUAUGUGCGCAUGCGGCGCGGGGCCAGCGCGGCUGCGCGCGCGCGGUGAGAAUGUUGCUCGCAAAUACACAUUUAUGGUUCAAUGCACAUAACUCUUGAAAGUAAGAUGUUGUAAAUAUGUAUGUAGUCUAGGUAUACACUUUAUUAUUUUUAACUUUUUCUAUGAUUUUGUUCCCACACAACUGUCCACUUACAGGCCUUAAUUAAACUACAGUAUCUCAUUUAGUUUCUCUUCUGGCUGUUAGUGCCAGUUUUGAGUUUGUAGAUAUGUACAUUUUGCUCAUGCUAACUUCUUUAUAAUUAACAUAUGCUGUACUUUCGUUUGUAUGUAUGUAAAAUGCAGCUGGAUUUCUUCGUUAUAUAAGCAGCAAUCAAAAGUGAUGUAGUUGUAAGCGAAAAUGUUUUCCAAUUUAAGAAAUACAAAUUUUAAACUAUGAUUGAUUCAUAAAAAGCCCCCCCUAAAACCGCCCAAUAUUUGAUAUAUUGCGCGUAGGAAAACAGCAACGUUUUUAAUUUCAAUUUACGCGCCUUUGCAUUCAAGCUUUGUGUUGCUAUAUGUUCGUAGCUUUAUGUGCGCCUUUUGAGAAAGUUCACAGCAAAACCCUGGCAGGUUUUCCCUUUGACACAACUUCCGUGCCAUGUAUGUAAACACUCUUUUGUCUGUGUAUGUGUAGAUAAUUGAAGGAAUCUGCAGAGCAAGAAAAAAAUAUGAAAAGUAAUAAUUAUAGUAUAACAGUAAUAUUUUUUAUACAAAAUAUUAA